AUUCUAAAGUCGUCGCGCGUGGCAGUUUUCGAGAUGUGGCGCCAUCGCAUCCUGCAGCAGGCUUCGCGCCGCGGAAUCAGCAAUCAAGUGAGGGAGGAGGGAGGAGUACGGAAGGGACCAAGUGGAUCCCUGCCAGGCACAGCAGAUGUUGUGGUAAUCGGCGGUGGCUCGGCGGGCUGUCACACACUGUAUCACCUGGCACGACGUGGUGUCAGGGCCGUGCUCCUGGAACGCGCCCAACUUACGGCCGGAACCACCUGGCACACGGCCGGAUUGCUGUGGCGCCUGCGUCCCAACGAUGUGGAUAUACAGCUGCUGGCUAAUUCACGUCGCAUGCUCCAGCAAUUGGAGGAGGAAACGGAGCUGGAUCCGGGAUGGAUUCAAAACGGUGGCAUCUUCAUUGCUCACAAUGAAACGCGACUGGAUGAGUAUCGCAGACUGGCCACUGUGGGUUCAGCUUUGGGUAUCGAAAACCAAGUGCUGAGUCCCGAGGACACAAAGAUAUUCCCCCUCCUCGAUCCGUCGGCCUUUGUGGGAGCCCUAUAUUCGCCGGGUGAUGGUGUCAUGGAUCCGGCAAUGCUGUGUGCGGCCCUCAAGAAGGCAGCCACCAAUCUGGGAGCACAGGUAAUCGAGAAUUGCGACGUGGAUGACCUACUGCUGGAACAGACUGCGAGGGGUAAGAAGGUGGUGGGCGUGUCCACGCCCUUCGGAGACAUCAAAGCUGAGAGGGUAGUGAAUGCCACAGGGGUGUGGGGUCGUGAUCUGGUGGCCAAGCACGGCACUCAUCUGCCCCUGGUGCCAAUGAAGCAUGCGUAUAUUGUGUCCGAAUCCAUUCCGGGAGUGAGAGGACUACCCAACAUCAGGGAUCACGAUUACUCCACCUACUUCCGCAUCCAAGGGGACGCCAUCUGCAUGGGUGGCUACGAACCGAAUCCCAUCCUGCUGGAACCCGUGCCCAAGGACUUCCAUUUCGGACUCUACGAACUGGACUGGUCUGUGUUCGAGACUCAUGUGGAGGGUGCCCAAAAGCUGUGUCCCAGCUAUGCCAAAUACGGCGUAAAGAGCACGGUUUGCGGUCCGGAAUCCUUUACGCCCGACCACAAACCCUUGAUGGGUCCGGAUCCCAACCUCGAUGGACUCUACCACAAUUGUGGCUUCAACUCAGCUGGCAUGAUGUUUGGCGGCGGUUGCGGUGAGCAGACCGCCUUGUGGGUCAUUGAUGGCCAACCGGAGCUGCCCAUGUUUGGCUUCGAUCUGCGCAGAUUCACCCAGGAGCAGGGCAAAGCCACCCAGUGGAUCAGGGAGAAGUCCCACGAGAGCUACGUGAAGAACUACAGCAUGGUCUUCAAGUAUGAUCAACCUCUGGCGGGCCGUGACUUCCAAAAGGAUCCGCUUCACGACGAGAUGAUGAAGGCAGGCGCCGUAAUGGAGGAGAAGCAGGGUUGGGAGCGGCCUGGCUUCUUCCUGCCCUCCGGUGCCAAGACGGCGGUGGUUCAACCCUAUGACUGGUACGGCAGCUAUGGCCACCAGCGAAAUAAGGACAGCGAUUACGAGAAAGUUCUGGAUGGGGAUCUGCACUACAGCCGCUUCUCGGAGCACCACGAUCUCAUCGGAUCGGAGGCACUGGCGUGCCGUAAUAACGCCGUGGUCUUCAACAUGAGCUACUUCGCCAAGCUGCUCCUGGAUGGUCCACAAGCCCAGGAGGCCGCUGACUGGCUCUUCUCCGCCAAUACCAACAGAGAUCCCAGCAAAACUGUCUACACCUGUGCUCUAAACGAUGCCGGUGGCGUGGAGGCCGAUGUGACCAUUUCCCGCCUGUCGCCUGGUUCCGGAGAGGUCCACAAUCCCAAGUUCAAUGGCCAGGGCUUCUAUAUUGUGGCUGGCGGCGCCUCCGCCUUCUACACGUACAGCGCUCUGCUGGCGGAGAUCCAGAAAGGAUUCAAUGCGACCCUUAAGGAUCUGACUGCCGAGCUGGGUGUGAUUUCUAUUCAAGGACCAAACAGCCGGAAGAUCCUGCAGCCCCUCAUCGACUGCGAUCUGUCCGACGAGCAUGUGGCUCCCAACAGCACGCGAUUAGCCAAGUUCGGCGAUGUGGGUCUCCGCUUGCUGCGGGUCAGCUUUGUGGGAGAACUGGGCUACGAGCUACAUGUGCCCAAGAAGGAUUGUGCUGCCGUCUAUCGCAAUCUGAUGAAGGCGGGAGCAGGAGAGGAUUUGCGCAAUGCGGGCUACCGAUCCCUGUAUUCCCUCAGCAGCGAAAAGGGCUAUCAUCUGUGGAGCUUCGAUCUGCGACCGGAUGAUACACCCCUGGAAGCUGGCCUGGGAUUCACAUGUCGCAAAACGGGUGCGGGCUACCGUGGCAAGGCGGCCAUUGAAAAGCAACGAGCUGAGGGCUUGAGGAAGCGACUGGUCUACUUGACGCUUCGGGAUCAGGUGCCCAUCUGGGGUUUGGAGGGGGUUUACCGAAAUGGCGAGCCCGUGGGCAUCCUGCGACGAGCUGAAUAUGCCUAUACGCUGGGAAAAUCCCUCGGACAGACAUACAUCUCCCGACCAGAUGGACAGAUAAUCGAUGCUGAUUACAUUAGGAAUGGGGAGUACGAGGUGGACAUCUUGGGCAAGAAAUACCGCGCCGACUGCCACUUGCGCAGCCCAUUCGAUCCCACCGGCCAACGCGUUCUCGGUAACUAUGCAUCUGAGUCGAAGCCCAAUAAAUAAAGAUGAGCCUUUUCACUUCCAAGAA